UGAGCUCAACACAUAAAGAUAAGUCUGCGCAUCGGGGUGCAGACGCAUUUCAGCCUCGCAUCAAAGAGAGAGAUAAGAAGACAUGUUUCAUCAGAGGGAUCUCACCGUUUUUUGGACUUGCUUGGGUCAUGGCUCUGAGAUUAUUGGUGGGAAAGAAGUGGCGCCCCACUCAAUGCCUUUCAUGGCUCUGCUUCUGAAUGAAGUAAAAGCCUGUGGAGGGAUACUGAUCGAUCGAUCCUGGGUCCUGACUGCUGCCCACUGUACAGACAUUACGAAGGUGUGGCUGGGGACGCACUCCAUCAAAGCAAAAGAAAAGAAAUCCAGGAAGGUUCUAAAGGUUAAGAAGUCUUAUCCUCAUCCCCACUAUGAUCCAAAAACACACGCCAAUGACCUCAUGUUGCUCAAGCUUGAAAGUUCAGUGAAGGAAACCAAGACAGUGAAGUGUCUCAAGGUCGGUAACACUAACACAGAUCCGGCAGCUGGCACCCACUGUACAGUGGCAGGAUGGGGCAGAACAAACUACUCUGUUCCGAAAAUGUCAGACGUCCUGAUGUCUGUUAAUGUGACUGUGAUCGCCAGAGUGAAAUGCAACUCCCCUGAAUAUUACAACUCAGAUCCAGUUAUCACCAGCAGCAUGAUAUGUGCUGGUUCAGACGGUAAAAAGGAAACUGAUACCUGUCGGGGGGAUUCAGGAGGCCCACUGUUGUGCGGCGGAGCGCUAGUUGGAGUCACUUCUUUCGGAAUUGAGUGUGGCCUGAUUGGUAAUCCUGGAGUGUACUCUUACCCCUCAGCUAAACAACUCGACUGGAUCAAAGAGACAAUGAAGAAGUCUGGCGCAUGAGUAGCACCCACUCUUUAAGAUUCUGUAUUCACAAACCAUGUUAACCAAUUUAAGUACUUCUAUCUUUAAGCUUUGUUUGUGCCAUACAGCUUCCGCUGCAAUAACGCCAGGCAAAAUGGAUUGAGAUGAGCCGUCUCUUUAACAUGAAAGCAAAUCACCAAAGUGACAUUACUCAACCAGACGAUUCACCACUUCCUGCAUCAAGAGCCUGCAUUAAAAUUGAGGCUUCAGCUCAAGUCUUGUGGAAAGAUUUGGUCUCUAAGGUCAAUUCUGGGUCAUGUUUUAGUAUCACAGAUCUAUGUACUGUAAUUACAGCUUGAAAACCUUGCAGAAACAAUAUAUUCUACUGGCAUAACGGCAGAGUCAGAAAAAUAAAAGACUUUCUUUUGUCUUGGCUGUCUUUGGUAUUCGUACCACUCUGUCUCUUCAAAAUGUAUUCUCAUUAAAGCAGUGAAUAAUUUCA